ACAAAGAUGCAGGCAACAAAUAUUACUUGUAGCACUCAAAUCUUAACUCAAAGCAUUAAGCUUGAUAAUGAAUUAAAACCUCAUAUUCCAGUUAAAGAAAUAAUUGCUCAAAGGUUUCGAAAUCAAAGAAUACACGCAAUUUCUGUUGAUUAUGAUGACUCUCCAAACCCUAAAAAAACCGUCCUUAAAAAUCCAGUCAGUUCAAAUGGUUUUGUAGCAGCCAUUUUCCAUGCAUAUAACCAUCAUCAACAUUUACGCUUGAGUCCAGAUGAUGUUUGGCUUACAAUUGCUCAAGGCGUUAGUCGUCACAUUAAUUAUAAUGCCGAAAAAUUUCGAUCAAGAUUCGUUAAACAUGAAGGGCAAAAAGAAAUCAUAAUAUUUGGUGACGAUAUUAUAUACGUAAAUAGUCUUAAAAAUACAUAUGAAGGGAAUUGGCCAGAGGUUUUAAAUAGAUUUACAACAGAAGUUGACAAGCAUGUAGAGAAAAUCGACCUAGCACAAUUAUUAGUAUGCAAUUUCUCGACAACAACAACAAAUUCCUUGACAGCAAGUCGCAUCGUGAUGUUAGAUACGGUUAAGGCCUAUUUCAAGUUUACUGUUUUUAUGGGUUGCGGAAUUCCAAAGGUUACGCUUGACGGCACUCUUGAAGAUUGGACAAAACUUCAAGAAAAAGUUAUACAAUUAAGAAAAUUAAAUUUAGAAUUAGACUUUUGGUUAGAUCGUCUUGAACCUGUGCUUUGGAAUCUUGUAGCUACUUAUCGUGGUGAAAUUGAUGAAGAUUUUUGGAGUCGAAUUAUGAAUGUACAUGUAAACUAUGGUUCAGGAGGUGAUUCGCAUUCUACUGUAACGGGAUGGAUUUUAGGUUUCUUUCCAUAUAAUCGUCAGGGAACAGCUUUAGGAAGCAAUUCCAUAAAACUUGGGGAUUUUCCGCACGGUACCGUUGGAGUUCCUUUUAAAGUUGAAGAUAACGGCCUUUCCUAUUCUUUAAAGUUUAUUGCGGGAUUUAUUGGUGCCAAUCAAGAAAUUUCAGAUGGUGAAUCGAUCGUUUCUCCAGUGAUUGGAUGGUCUAUUAUUGAUGAUGAUUCUAAUGAUCCUAAUAAUGAAGAAAACUUUUGGACUGCUCAUAAUCAUC